ACUAUAUUAUUAUUAUAUCUGAGAUAAUGCCAAAAUCCAGAUAUUGAACAUUUUGCUCCAAUACAAGAAACUAACAAAAAAUUAAAUAUGGCUUCCGGUUCUAGAACACAACGACUCCUUGAAUUGAUGGAAUUAGCAAAAGAGAAGCAAAUUCCUAAGCCAGACCUGUGGGCAGAACGUCAAGAAGAUAAAGAAGCAGAAAAACAAAGAGAAUAUCAAGCAAAAGAACAUUGUAACAUGACUUUAACAACAGACAUAAUAGGUGAAGCCAUAGCUUUAGCAGAAAAACUCAAUAUUCCUUCACAUGAACGAGAAAGAUGGUUUGAUAAUAAAUUAGCUGAGAUAGACAGAGAAGAUGACAAAAGACGGCAAGAAGAAUUAAAACGAGAAUUAUUAAAAUUGAAAAAUACUGAAUUCAAAGCUGAACAAAAGAAUGAUGCAACAUUAACAUUAUUAUACCAGGAAGCUUCAUUGGGAUGCAGUGUGGCAUAUUUUGAAGAUGGAUUUCUCAAGAAGACUUCUUUUCACAAGUGCAAUGUAAUUGAACAAAUAUAUGUACCACUAAAGUACAGAAAACAAAUACUUGAAGCAAAGCAUGAGUUUCAUUACACCAUACAUAAGAGUGUAACAAGUACUAAGAAGAGAAUUGCCAAAGAAUAUUAUUGGCCUAGCUUGAACAAAGAUGUCAAGAAAUACAUUAAUAAUUGUUCACAUUGUCAACAUGAUUAUUGUGAGAAGAAACAAACUCAAAAGAAAAGCAACAUAACUAAAACAAAGAAGGAACCAGACUACAAAGUCAGAAUUGACAACAAUGAAUCUAUGAAUUAUGACUCAAGCAAAUCUACAGGGACAUCACUGCCUACUACAUGUCCAUACCUACCUGUUACUACAUGUCCAUCCCUACCUGCUACUAGUUCUACAUGUCCAUCCCUACCUGACAAUACAAGCCCACCUCUACCAAGUACUUUUCCAUCCCUAACCACUGAUGAUGACUUCAUACAUCAAGACUUGAAUAAGACAGCAUCUGCAUCAAAUACUAUGGUAUGCAUUGAACAUUUCUGCUACAAUCAAGGCAAGUCUCAUGAACCAGAACCAGAAGCAGAUACUUAUAUUCAAUCAACUUUGGCUAUACCAGACAAAAGAAAAACUUUUCAACUUGACUCUACCACUCAUACAAGUAUUCCUCAUCUGAAAGAAUGUGAGUCAACUAAAGAAGCCAUUACAACCAAGAACAUUGAAAGUCAAAGAAUAUUACAUGAACACAUGAAAUCAAGAUAUUUUGCUCAAGGAGAUCAAGUCAAUUUACUGUUACCAGAUUGGAGUAACAAGCUGUUCUACAAAUGGCAAGGUCCUUUUCACAUCACCAGAAAGAUUUCCAACCUGCUUUAUGAAAUCAAUGUCAACAAGGUUACCAGAGUAUUUCAUGUUCAUAUGUUUGAACAUUACCAUGAAACAGAUAAUGAAGACAUCAAAGCGGAAGUUGAAUUUUUUCCAAGUUUAGCACCUAUCCCUGAACAAGAAGAAGAAACGUCAUCAACACCCAUUCCUGAGAUAGAUGUUUCAUUACCAGCAUCAAAUCAAAUUGACAUUCCAAAGGUCAUCACUCUGGAUGACAUAGCACUACAGAAAGUGAAGGACACUAAAGUGUUUCCAGACCAUGCAGAUUUCUUUACCGGUGUUUCUGAAACAUUUCCAGUACUGCAAUUUGAAAGCUACUCAGAGAGCAACAACAUUGACAACACCAAGUUUCAUCCUCCUUCUACUCAAGGGGCAACUUUUCUUCAGAAAGGAACAAAUGAACUUCUUCAACAUUGCUGUAUUGACCGAUUGAACUCAGACUUGUUCAGUCAUUGCUCUAUUGAACAUUCUAAUGCAAAGCAUUCUGCUACCAUUGUUCUACAGCGUCAAAGUUCAUCAACCAGAAAAUUGAGUUUUGGUUUCGGACAGUUCUUAUUUUCACCAAACUCAAACGCGAUUCAAUCAGAAAUUAUCUGUGAGAUCAAUAUGACAUGGAGACAACAGCUUCAUAAACUGAAAGACCUUUUCUUCAAGUUUAGAAAACAGACAUACACAUCCAUGACGGCAAUUCAGAAGGGUUCCGAACUUAACAUUUCUAUUUUACAUAUAUACUAUAGCAUAUUUAGUGUCACUUGAUCCAUUAUCAUUCAUACUCGUCAAGGAAGAACAUUAUCCAGUUAUAUUUAAUUAAUAAAUUAAUUUGUCUACUCAUUUUUCACAGGAGU